GCCCCCGUAAGGGUUGUGACUUGACUGAGGGAGGGAAAAAAAUGGGUGGACGGAAAGUCCCUGCGUGGAAAUCCCCUUGACUUGGGCUUUUUUACCUCAUCUUUUUAUGCUUUUAAACGCUAUCGUAUGCGGCCACUCUCUUUGAGGGCUCGUCAAAGUGCGGGGCGUCCAAAAAUAGCUGCUUCGCGUAUAGUGGCGGACGCAAGAAGAAGAAAAAGAAGACGAAGAAGAAGAAGAAGACGAAGAAGAAGAAGGAGGUUGAAUGGCGCCGAGGAGGCUGAGUGGAGCGGCUGACAACAGGACGAGGCUGCCAAGCAUCCGGGAGGCUUUGUUGUAGCACCAGCCCGACACAUCGGCCAGUUUCCUGUCUAUCAUCCGUGGUCGGCUCCUCCUCCUCCUGGUUCCUCUCCGUUCCGUCCGCCAUGUCGCAGGGACAGAACUUCCUCCCCAAAUUCCUCUUCGUCUCCAACCUGCUGAAGGCGGUGAAGAUCCGCCAGCGGGUGCCCAACGACGUGGUGAAGCCGGCGGCCAGCGGCGGGCUCAUGCACCACCUGCGGGGGAUGCACCGCUACACGCUGGAGAUGAUCGCCAUGAACCACUUCCCGCAGGCCUUCCGGGAGGUGGUGCAGGCCGCUAUCCUGGACCGAGCCAUGCAGGCCUCCCUGGAGCAGGAGAAGAAGCUCAACUGGUGCCGGGAGGUGAAGAAGAUGGUGCCCCUGCGUACCAACGGAGAUGGCAACUGUUUGCUCCACGCUGCCUCCCAGUACAUGCUGGGGGUCCAGGACACGGAUCUGGUCCUCCGGAAAACCCUGCACGGUGUUUUGAAAGACAGCGACACUGGAGUCUUUCGUGCCCGUUUCCAGGCAGAGCUUCUGCAGUCCCAAGAGUUCACCCAGACGGGCCUCCGAUACACCACCAUGAACUGGGAGGACGAGUGGGAGAAGAUCGUAAAGAUGGCGUCUCCGGUUUCCAGUAGCAACGGCCUCCAGUUUGACUCCCUGGAGGACAUUCACAUCUUUGUCCUCUCCAACAUCCUCCGCAGACCCAUCAUCGUCAUCGCAGACCAGGUGCUUAGGAGCUUGAAGUCGGGGUCCUCCAUCUCCCCCCUCAACGUGGGUGGGAUCUAUCUCCCGCUGCACUGGCCGCCGGCUGAAUGCUAUAAAUACCCGAUAGUGCUGGGUUAUGACUCGCAGCACUUUGCGCCCCUCAUCACUAUAAAGGACAGCGGCCCAGAGAUUAGAGCCGUCCCGCUGAUCAAUCCCGGACGAGGAGGCUUUGAGGAGCUGAAGGUCCACUUCCUGAUGGAGAAGGAACAGCAGCAGAAGGAGAGGCUGCUGAAAGACUACCUGCUGCUGAUAGAGAUCCCCGUCAUUGGCUUGGGAUACGAUGCUACGCGGAUCAUCAAUGCUGCUCGGCUGGACGAGGGGAACCUCCCCGAAGACAUGAACCUGAUGGAGGACUACCUGCAGCUGGUCAACCACGAGUACCAGCGUUGGCAGGAGGACAAGGAGCAGGCGUGGGCUGCUCAGCCACAACGCCCGCCGCCCUUCUCCGUCUCGCAACUCUCGCUGAUCGAGAUCCGCUGCGCCACGCCACGGUGCACCUUCUACGUGUCGGUGGACACGCAGCCCCAUUGCCACGAGUGCUUCGAGAAGCGGCAAGCCACGACGGGCGGUGGUGGUGGAGGAGCCAGGAUAGAAGGCCUUGUGCAGACCAAAGGGGGAGGUGCUCAAGGAGGCGGAUUGGACAACGAGGGGAGCUCCAGAGGAGGCCGAAGCGGCAGCCCUCCAUCCUCCUCAUCAAGUCGGGUGGUGCUGUCAAGCCCGCGCUCUGCGCCGCCCACGGCCCCCAGCCUCAGCUUGUACAGUGAAACACACGCCAUGAAGUGCAAGACACCCGGGUGCCUCUUCACCCUCAGCGUGGAGCACGACGGACUUUGCGAACGCUGUUUCAACUCCAGGCAGAACCAGGGACCUCCUGGAGCUGGAACGGCUUCCACGGGACUCGCAGGCCCCGAAGCCGGGGCCCUGACGCCUCACGUGGGGCAGGGCCCCGGCUGGAGCCAGUGGGGGGCGCGCAAGACCGAGACGGAACGCUGCAGCAUGUGCAGGCAGGAAGCUUUUAGGAUAUUCAAUGGGCUGUGUCCGCCCUGCAUGCAGAGACAGCAGGCUCCAGACAGGGGGGACGCACAGCCAAACAAGCCAAGGACUGAGGCCUCGUCUUCAGCUUGGAGCCAGGCAAGGGACCCUGAGCGGCCUUGCCUCACCCUAACCCCAGGACACACCUCUGCCUGGCAGGCCCCUCUAGCCCGGCCCUGUAAAAGAUCGGGGUGCCAGUUCUUUGGGACGCCGGAGAAGUUGGGUUUCUGCACUAUUUGCUACGUAGACUAUCAGACCAACCACCACCUGACGCCUCCCCCAGCCCCGGCUCAGAGUCGGCACGGUUUGGAGGCCGGCUUCCAAAAUGCGACGCGGUGUCGUGGACAGGGCUGCGGCGCAGUCGGCAAGGCCAUGCUGGAGGGGUACUGCGACAAGUGCUACGUCAAAGAGCAGAGUGCACGGCUCAACCAAGUGGCACACCGCACACCACACUCCCCUCCCCUGGUCAUGCGUGACCGAGCGACCAAACCCCGAUCCACGCAGCAAUCCCAGACCCAAACCCAAACCCAGACCCAGACCCAGUGCCGGCGAAGCGGCUGCAGCAACGUGUCCCCGGGCUGCACGGACCUCUGUCCUGAGUGCCACACACGAGGCCAAGGCCGCGAGGCGGGCAGGCGGGCGCAGGCGCCCAAGGAGAAGUCCAAGCAGCGGUGCCGGACGCAGGGCUGCGACCACUACGCUAACCAAGAGAAACAGGGCUACUGCAACGAGUGCGACCACUUCAAACAGAUAUACCGCGGCUGAUCGCGUGCGAGACAGUCACAUCGCUAGCAUGCUAGCACGCCCCCGUUGCUGGGCGCACCAUGCCAGUCAAUGCACCUCUGAUACUAACUAACCAAUUAACUAACUAGCUAGUGACUAACUAGUAACCUUAUGGCCUGAAAAUCACCCCCCCUCUCCCCCAUGUAGAAUGUGAAGCGAGUGUGUGUGCACUUGGGGGGAAGUGAAUGUGUGUGUGUUUGCAGUAGACAUGGCCUCCAGAAUACCUCUUUGUGCAAUUAUUAUCAUCUGACAAGCUGCGUGCACUUAACACGGCGAGAGGUUUGGGCGACGUGUCAGCCGAGCAAGCGACUUGUGUACAAAAUGUAUUUAGAGGUACGUGCUGACUCGUGCCGGACACAAUGAUUGUACGUCGACAUAACAAGAAGCAUCUGACUUUUUUGCUUUCUAGACCACAGCCAAGGAUCGUCUGUCUGUCUCUCUGUCCUGUCUCUACCCAUCUGUGCCUGUCUGUCUCGCCCUACAACAAAUUGAAAGCCCCCCAAAAAACAAUCGGUGAUCACUAUUAGUUAGCGCGCACCCCUUCCUCUCCAUAAUCCUUGUUCUUGCUAAAUACUUUGGCCAAAAAGCUCUUACAAUCAGUACCGUGUGAUUACACAACUACCUUCCAAUACCCGGUUUUGCUUCUGAAGGACUUGUAUUCUUAUCUGUUUAUAUUGACUUAAUAUUGCAAACCAGGCUUUGUCCAAACAAACAUGGGAUUUUUUUUUUUUUUUAAGAAAGUAUAUUUAAGAUCUCCGGAAAUGCACUUUUUUGGAAAAAACUUGGACCAGGGUAGAGACUCGCCAAACUUCAGCAUGUGCAGUUUGGCUGGUCUCCUUUGUAUGAUGUCACCGCGUGCACCGUUACUGUUUUUCAUGUAACAUCUACAUUCCCACUACAAAGACGAGUGGAGUUGAACUGACUGACUGACUGGAUGAAACAGAGUUUAACACUGUAAAAGAGAUUCAUUUUAAAUGCACUUAGCGUGGAGGCACAUGGGGGAAAUAUACUUAAAAAAAAAUACAUGUAUGUUUGGACUUAGCCUGUGGAAGUAUGUGUUUAAACAGUGCAAGACAGACAGGGCAGGCUCCUGCUGGUUUUGGUGCUACAUGCAAAGAGAACCUCUCCAUUGUAGCCAACAUACUGGCAGUUUCACACACACACACACAUACGCAGACAGACAGCAUUCUGCUUACAGCAUUUACUUUUUUAUUUGGAGCCAGCCCCCUUUUUCCUUGCUAACAACAGCUCUGUUGCCUUGGAUGUUGUUUUUCCUGUUUACGGACCACUUAAGCACCUACAAACUCCAGUUCCAGUCUUAGCGAGAACACGAUGACAGCAGACUGGAACAUGUGCCACCUUAAUACCACACACACACAUACACAUACACACACAACACAUGUAAAAUCCAGCUCUGGGUUUGUUGUAUAUGCCGUGUCCCAACCCGUAGGUGAGCUUCUUUACCUGCUGGGCCACGGCGACAACUUUCCACCGAGCAAACAAACCCUUUGAUUGCCUGCUUUGGCACAAUCUCAUUUCUCUGAAUGUGUUUGUGCUGCUGCUGCAACAGCACAGUAUUGUAUUGGGGCUGAUCCUCCAUAGGUUUUGCCUUUUAAGACGGACCAGAGGGGCCUGAUUGCUGGAUCAGUGCUCCCGCUUCUUCUUAUUAGUAGUAUUCUUCUUCUUCUACUUAAAAUGCAUUUGUGAAUAUGGAUCUCGGUCCGUGUUGUAGGACCUUUCCGACCUGAUGCCUCAUCUUUAAACAAAAACACACACGUGCGCGUCUCAAAUAGUACGCAAAACUGACAUUCCUGUUUUUUUUUUUUUUUUACUAGGGUUUCCAGAUGUAUUUUAAUAGCUUCCUCUUGUUUUGUUUUGGUUUUUUUUUUUUUUUUGCCAAAAUAAUGUACAUGUGCCAUCAAAUCGCCAAACAGUUGUUAUACCUCCUUUAAAAAUGGCCGGCUGGGUCCAUUUCGCAGCCAGCGUGCCGCAGAUAGACAUCGCAGUGCUCUUUACGAUGAUUACAUUGGAGCCUCACAAGUCGCACACCCCCUCAAAGUGGAGCAGUUUGAACUUCAACCAAGAAAACAUUUCUGCAAUACAGGUGUGAUGAUAACCAUAGAACCUAAAAUGGAACUUAUUGUGAUAUGUAAGGGUUCAGGCUGCUCCGUACAUUGAGCAAUGCCUUGAAUUAAAUAUGACUAUUAUUUAUCCCCAAGCAGAUGCGAACGUGAAUAGCAUGUAGGCUAGCAUGACUAGCAUGACAAUGAUCGGUAAUAGCUCUCCCAUUAGGUGCUAGGGGUAAAGGGUUCUCAAAUGGUAAUUUGUUUUCAUUAGUUUUUCUUCCAUUUACCAUAAAUACUCCAACAUGAAAUUGUUUAUUUAACUAAUGAUCCUGAGUGCAUGAGAAAGUGGAACGGAAGCUGUAGAGUUCAGAGGUUUUGCUUUUACAUUAGAAACUAACAAAAGACUAUCGUUAAUUGGAGCAUUUCUGUUAAUUGUACAGUGUUUAACUUCUCUUUAUACUUAUUUGGAAUGGUAAAAUGUUACUUAAAACAUCAUCUUUAAGGUUUCAUGAUGGCGGCAUUUUGACCCCGGAACAGACCAUGGGAAUAACAGUUUUCAGUGUCACAAAACUGCUUGUGUUCGACUUGGAAGGUUCCACUGUAGCCCCCAAAACGGCGGCCGUCUUGCCACAAGAGCCGCUUUACAAGCCCAUUCAUUCUCAGUUCCGAUCUGAAACCCAUCCGAUGCGAAUCAAAAGGGGGUCCUCCUCGUAAGACCCCCAUACGAGCUGAUGUCCAUCUGUGGCUGCAGCCAACAGGCCAACUCUGCCUUCACAUUCAACUGUAGUGUCGAUGGCCUGUACGUAUACGAUACGUAGAUCUGUGUAUGUGCUUGAAUCACCUCUAGACCCACCUUAAUACACAAAAUAGCGGUCCAGCUCAUCCAGACUUUGCUUUUGACGAGGUUCUGACGUGAGUUUGGCCUGCAUGGAGAAGGUCACGCACGAUGGAGUCGCACGUAACAUGACUGUCCGAUCUGCUGUGGGUACUCCAGACUCGCUUUAGGGAUGAGAGGCAGAAGAAGAAGGUGUAACAAAACAUGCAAACAACUUUCUUUGUGUGACCUUUCCGCAAUGGAGCGUUGUAUGGAGAGAGAGAUAGAGAGGAGGAAAAAAAACUAAAGCCUGGUUUUAUUUGUUAAGUAUUUAUUCAUAUCAAGUUAUGUGUAUUGUGUGAUUCAAUAAUUAUUUAUAUGUUGUCCUGAAAUGAAUUAUUUUUAUUAAGAAA